GGUUUCUUCUUAUGGCAUUUUUUUGUUAUGUAUUCACAAACUGAUCGUUAUUUUACCGUUGCUCUGUCGACUUUGCUGUUUUUUGUGUGCGUUAAGAGCAAUUGUCAACAAAUGACUUUCAUUAUCAGUUUAUUUUGCAACACGCCAGUAGUGUUUUAUGUGUAAAAGUCAUGGUGGUCACAAAAAAUUAAUAAAACUAACAAUUAAAGAAAAAACUGAAAUUUUGGAUAAACUAGAAAGUGGUGUAUCGACAAAAGCUCUUUGUAUUGAUUAUAAUGUUCACAAGUCGACAAUAACGAGAAUAAAGAAGAAAAAAGCUUGUAUACUUAAAUAUGCCACAAAUAUGGAAGCUGGGCCAGGAAAACGGCAAACCUUAAAAUCUUGUGAAUACCCAAGAAUGGAAAAGGCUCUCUACAAGUGGUUUUUGAAACAAAGGAGUGAAAAUGUGUCUAUAUCCGUCGGUAUCGUCAAAGCAAAAGCUCGCAAGCUCCAUGAGAAAAUAAGAGAAAAGACAGGAUGUUUUCAUGCAAGUAAUGGUUGGGUAUCUAAUUUCAAAAAGCGAUAUGGCCUCCGCCACUUGAAAAUUUGUGGAGAGAAGCUUUCCAAUAAGACAGCGUCCGUCGGCCCAUUUGUAAUACGUUUUAGAAAUAAAAUCAAGGAGCUUGAUCUUUCUAAAUUUACAAUGCCGACGCCAGAUAAAACGUUGGUGAGCUUCAAGGAAUCAUCUGCUCCUGGUCGGAAAGUUAGUAAGGAAAGAAUAACAUUUCUCGCAUGCACAAAUGCUUCGGGUAUGCACAAAGUUAAGCUCUUUGUCAUUGGAAAAGCAAAAAACCCUAGAGCAUUCAAAAAUUUUCAAAAAAUGCCCGUUGUCUACAAGGCUAACAAGAACUCGUGGAUGACUUAUUUGUUUUUCGAAGACUGGUUUCAUCAUACGUUUGUUCCUGAGGUACGCGAAUUUCUAGAAUCCAAGGGACUUCCCAAAAAAGCCCUAUUGGUCUUGGAUAACGCCCCGUGUCAUCCUAAAGACAAUGAGAUGAAAAGUGAUGAUGGAAUGAUAACCGUUAUGUGUCUUCCACCUAACUGUACCGCGAUUCUCCAACCAAUGGACCAAAACGUUAUUAACUUAACAAAAGUCUAUUACAAAAAAAGUCUUUUGGAGCAUUUAAUAGGGAAUAAAACCACUCAUCUGGAGGAAAAAAUAAAGGAAUUCAACUUAAGACAUGCUAUCUGUCUUCUUGCAAGUUCAUGGGAAAAAGUGUCAGCAAGCAAAAAUAUUCCAUUCGCAAGUGCUGGAAUAUUUUAAUGAA